AUGAUCACUCAUCGUGAAGUGGUUUCUCAAAGGGUAUCGGUCGCUCUUCGUGAGCGUGCCGCACAGUUUGGCCUUCUUCUCGAUGAUAUUUCUAUUGUAAGUUUUUUUUAAAAAUAACUCUCACCUUUAAUUCGAUUGCUCUUAUAGACUCACUUGAACUUCGGACGUGAAUUCACUGAGGCAGUCGAAAUGAAGCAGGUUGCUCAGCAAGAGGCCGAGAAAGCUAAAUAUCUUGUCGAGAAGGCCGAGCAAAUGAAGAUCGCUGCUGUUACCACCGCGGAAGGAGAUGCUCAGGCCGCCAAGCUUCUCAGCAAGGCUUUCGCCAGCGUUGGAGACGGACUUAUCGAACUCAGAAAGAUCGAAGCUGCCGAGGAGAUUGCCGAGCGCAUGGCCAAAAACAAGAAUGUCACUUAUCUGCCAGGAAACCAACAAACCCUUCUCAACCUUCAAUAA